AGUGAAUUGGGUAAAAAAGGAUGUGCUUGCCUGCUUUGAACCUCUUUCUCUUCAAUAUUAUUCUUGUUAAUUUGAUCAAAGGUGUGAAGCGCAUUGCAAAUGAUAACAACGAAAGUGGCAGCAUCUGGGAUUAUGUUCCCCUUGUGGGUGAAUUGAUGACAGGAAAGGACUUACCUGGAGAACAGUCCGGGAUGCACAGCGAGUUCUCGAAAAACUUGUUGAAUUGGAAUGUUAUGAUUAAUGCCAUAUUACUCUCGUCAUUCUUCGUCAAGUCCCGACGAAUGAUCUUGGUUCUUGGACUGGUAAUCACGUGGAAUAUAUUUAUUUUUGAGCGUAUACUCGCAUUUCAACUUAUGCUUAUUUGGUCACUGUGGUUCACAGGAAUGACCUGGUCGUAUUAUGCCAUUAUCUUGGGAGUCCUCAUGACCAUGAACUUCAUUUAUCUAAAACUCAUCUCGCAAACAAUUAAAUUACAACGCAGAUGCUUUCAUGUCACUGUGCCAAAGGAUGGAAAAGGGGAAGAGAUGGAGGUGAGGGAGUCUGUCCCCGAUUCCAUUGAAGGUCCAAUAGGCGAUGGGUCCACUUGAAUGUCCGUACACAAAUCACUCACAGGCUUAGGCUUUAACCUUGUCCACGCAAACUACACUACACUACUUCACACACAACAACAAAUUGUAAGUCGGUCGGGUCAACUAAUAAAUAUGCCAAAAAUACCAAACACUCUCACACACAGAUAGACAGACCGACAUAUACAAAUGAAUCGCAGCUGAGGGCUGCAAAGGUCCCGGAAAUAAAACCAUUAAAUAUUUGCGGUUAAACGCACCAAAAACAAA